GCACCUGGAAGUUUGGUUCUGAGAAACCGAACGCAGUGGAGCUGAAAGCAUGGGUGUCCGAGAAGGUCAUUUGGGAGUUUCGCCGACUGUACAGUGUGCUGACUCCUGAGCGCACCAAGUUAGACCUGAGAAAGGUCGUGUACCGGCACAAGGCUGAGUGGGAAGUCCUGUGGCGGAGCUAUGGGGUGUCAGUGUCUGAGGCUUUCUAUCCCAACAGGCAUUCGCUGGAGCGAAGGGGAAAGCCUGUGUCUGUCGACACGCAUGAGGAAGACGGCCUGACCACAAUCGCAGCACUGGCACUUCUGACUGAUUGUGCCUUGUACCGCAAAAGGAAGAAGGACCGCGACCACUCGCAGGCCUUCCUGAAUGCGUUGGUGGCAGCACUGCUCCCUUCGGAGGCUGUCCGAGAGCCUGAGGAGUUCUUGGCAACAACACGCGGCUGUCGCAAUGAGCCACGGUGCCUUUGCAUGGACGGCCUGAAGACUGAGAUGGAGUCCUGCAGUUCCUGGGGCUGGUGUCUCGUGGAGUCCAAGAAAGCAGGCCUCAGCUGCAGCGCCGUGAACGUGGUCCACGUUCAUAUGCUGAGGAGUUUGGCUGACAUGCUGGCUCGUGCAACAGCUGCCCUGCCACCUGCUGACAUGAGCAAAUGCCUGAAGCUCUGGGGCAUAAAGAAGCGCCUGCGACUUGAUGAAGAUCUGAAAAGGCAUUUCGUAUCCGACGGCGUGCAAGCAGGAGCAUUUCGUUCUGCCAGCCAGGGCGUGCGCCAGGCCACCGUCAUCUCGAUCAGUUCCGAUGGCAAGAGGCUGGGGCAACCGGCUGAGGAAACAACGGUCUAUGCUGCGUGGAACGCUGACUGUGAUCUAGCAGCCUGGUUGCCGCCAAUGGUGUCUAAAGACUUUCAUGGUGGCCCUGCUGUCGACGGUGACAUGGAGAUGCUGAAAGCCUAUCAGCAGGAGUACAAGAAUCACACUGCCAGAUUCUUCCAACAGAGUGAGGCUGCGGAGCCUGAUGCAAAAAAACAGAAGACACAGACUCUCCAGAGGCUGAAGCAAGCAAAGCUUCCCAACAAGGACUGGGGUUGCUGA